AAGAUGCGCUCUGAGUUUGUGAAGAAGCUGGGGAGAUGAGAAGAGACGCAUGCGCUCGCCGCUCGCAUUUUACCAUUUCUUUCUCCUGAAUCCGUCAUUCGCGGAUGGCCAUCUACUUCGCCCCGCUCCCCCCACCCCUCCCCGGUUCGUCCUCCCUCCCAAGAAUUUCCCAAUUCGAUCGACAAGAACAGCACCCCGGUUCCAGGCGAGGGUUCUUCAGCAACAUCCAGCAUGUCAGUGUCUAUGAAGGAUUUGGACCCGGCCUUCCGUGGGGCUGGACAAAAGGAUGGCCUGGAGGUAUGGCGUAUUGAGAAUUUUAAGCCAGUUCCCGUGCCAACGUCUGCUCAUGGAAAAUUUUACAUGGGUGAUUCAUAUGUCAUCUUGAAGACAACAGCAUUAAAGAAUGGUUCCUUUCGCCAUGACAUCCAUUAUUGGCUUGGUAAAGACACUAGUCAGGAUGAGGCUGGAACUGCUGCAAUUUUAACUGUGGAGCUUGAUGCUGCGCUUGGAGGACGUGCUGUCCAGUAUCGGGAAUUACAAGGCAAUGAAACUGAAAAGCUUCUCUCAUAUUUUAGGCCUUGCAUUAUGCCACAGCCAGGAGGUGUAGCUUCUGGGUUCAACCAUGUAGAAGUCAAUGAGCAGGAACAUUUUACCCGCUUAUAUGUGUGCAAAGGAAAGCAUGUAGUCCAUGUUAAAGAGGUUCCUUUUGCUCGUUCAUCCCUUAACCAUGAGGACAUAUUUAUUUUGGAUACCAAGUCCAAAAUUUUCCAGUUCAAUGGUUCCAACUCUUGCAUUCAAGAGAGAGCAAAAGCUCUUGAAGUUGUGCAGUAUAUCAAAGAUACUUUCCAUGAGGGAAAGUGUGAAGUUGCAGCGGUUGAGGAUGGGAAAUUGAUGGCUGAUGCUGAAGCUGGUGAAUUUUGGGCUUUGUUUGGUGGCUUCGCUCCUCUUCCAAAGAAGUCACCUUCAGAGGAUAGUGGGGAAGAGAGUGAAAUUGUUGUUAAAUUGCUACGCGUUAACCAGGGAAAGCCGGAGCAAAUUAAUUUUGACUCCUUGGCGCGUGAGUUACUUGAGUCAAACAAAUGCUACUUGCUCGACUGCGGUGCUGAAGUGUAUGUUUGGAUGGGCAGAAAUACUUCUUUGCAAGAAAGAAAGGGUGCGAGUGAAGCUGCUGAGAAACUACUCAUUGAUGGUAGCCGAACAAAAUCACAUGUUACCAAAGUGAUUGAGGGAUUUGAAACAGUCAUGUUCAAGUCAAAGUUUGUUGAGUGGCCACCCACACCUGAUUUGAAAUUAUCAUCUGAGGAUGGAAGAGGCAAAGUUGCAGCUCUCCUCAAAAGUCAAGGAUUAGAUGUUAAAGGCUUGAUGAAAGCUGCACCUGUCAAAGAAGAAGAAGAAGAACCAGAGCCUUAUAUUGAUUGCACAGGCCAUUUACAGGUCUGGCGUGUAAAUGCAAAUGACAAGGCUCUUCUGUCAACCCCUGAUCAAUCAAAAUUUUACACUGGAGAUUGCUACAUUUUCCAAUACACAUAUUCUGGAGACGACAAGGAGGAAUGUCUUAUUGGGACUUGGUUUGGGAAGAAGAGUGUUGAGGUGGAGAGGGCGUCAGCAAUGUCUCUGGCUAGUAAGAUGGUUCAGGCUGCAAAGUUCCAGGCUGUCCAGGCUCGCAUUUAUGAAGGGAGAGAACCAAUUCAGUUCUUUGUCAUAUUUCAGAGUCUUCAAGUGUUCAAGGGUGGCCUUAGCUCCGGAUACAAGAACUUCAUUGCUGAAAAUGGUAACGCAGAUGACACUUACUCUGAUGGUGGGAUUGCACUGUUCCGAAUUCAGGGCUCAGGAUCAGAAAACAUGCAAGCACUUCAAGUAGAUGCAACGGCUUCGUCCUUAAACUCGUCCUAUUGUUACAUUCUACACAAUGGAAACACUGUAUUCACAUGGACUGGCAGCCUUACGACCUCACUGGAUCAUGACUUGGUUGAGAGGCAGCUAGAUGUGAUUAAGCCAGAUUUGCCUUCCAGGUCACAAAAGGAGGGGAGAGAAACCGACCAAUUCUGGGAACUACUGGGUGGUAAAUCCAAGUAUACGAACCAAAAAGUAGGAAGAGAGCAUGAAAGUGACCCUCAUCUUUUCUCAUGCAUCGUAGCCAAAGGCAAUAUAAAGGUCAAAGAAAUACACCAUUUUACUCAGGAUGAUCUGGUGACAGAGGAUGUUUUCGUUCUUGAUUGUCACUCGGACGUAUUUGUUUGGGUUGGCCAGGAGGUAGAUGCCAAAGUAAAAUCUCAAGCUAUGGAUAUUGGAGAGAAAUUUCUUGUUCUUGAUUACCUUAUGGAAAAACUUUCACGAGAGACUCCAAUAUUCACUGUGUCAGAAGGCAGUGAGCCACAAUUUUUUACCAGGUUCUUCAACUGGGACUCGGCAAAAUCUUUGAUGCAUGGUAGUUCAUACCAGAGGAAACUUGCCGUCCUCAAGGGUAGAGCACCUCCAUCACUGAAUAAACCAAAACGACGAACACCUGCAUUUACAGGAAGAAGCUCGGGACAAGAUAAAUCUCAGCGCUCGAGAAGCAUGUCCACAAGCCCGGACCGUCCCCGUGUUCGAGGAAGGUCUCCAGCCUUCAAUGUGUUAACAUCAGCCUUCGAGAACCCAAGUAAUACCAGGAGUAAUACCAGGAAUCUUUCCACCCCUCCUCCUGCUGUCAGAAAGCUGUUCCCGAAAUCUGGCGAAUCAAAGGUGUCACCCAAAAAGUCAGCUAUCAGUUCUCUCACCAGUUCUUUUGAAGUUCCCAUGAGAAGUACAAUACCAAAGUCAGUAAAAGCGAGCUCUGAGGCAGAGAAGGCUAUACAGGAGGAAUGUGCCACAGGUGACGGUGGUGUAGGCGAAAAUGAGACAGAAGAUGAUGAAGGGCGCACUAUCUACCCAUAUGAACGUCUGACGACCAGAGCUGAAGAUCCUGUCCCCGACAUCGACGUGACCAAGCGAGAGUCCUACUUAUCGUCAGCCGAGUUCAGAGAGAAGUUCAGCAUGACGAGGGCGGCGUUCUACAAGCUCCCCAAGUGGAAGCAGAACAAACUGAAGUCUGGUGUUCAGCUCUUUUAGCCUGCCCGAGGUCAAGACAGCAACCGUUUGUGAGGACCAAGGGCACCAGUUUUUGUUUUGAGUUCUUGUAUUCCCUAGUUAGAGCUUUUUUUUUCUUUUUUUUUAUUUUCAUUUUUUUUCAUUCGCUACUUGUUCUCUCCGUCUGUAGGAUCUAAAGAUUCAUUCAGAGCCCACACAGAUUUUGAAUUCCAGAGCUCGGUUGUGGCGCUCGUUGGAUCAUGUGUACAGCAAAUAGACGAACCGACGCAUGCAUAGACGAAAGUAUACGAGAUGCUUAAUUUAAGUUACCAUUUGCUUCAUAUAAAUGAGAGUUCAUUCGCAGCUCUUUUUUUUA